AUGUCUGGUGAGUUGGACGAGCCUCAGGCCGGCUCCUCGUAUGCUGAGGACCGGCGGAAUCCUGAGGUAAAUUGGGCGUGGGUCCCGGGAGGAGUGAUCCAAAGGGCCGGUGCCCUAGGGCCUAGGUCCUGGAUCCAAAAGGUUCUUGAGCAAAUAGCAGACUCACCUCUCCAUUGGGUCACUCCCUCGGAGGUGGUGCCUGUCGCUGUGCUGGCCGUCCAAAGGUUAGAAGACGAGCCAAGAGACAUAGUUCGCAAACCGCCCCGUUACUGCUAUGACGUGACGAUCUCAGACCGGGUGUACCAGGAGAAGUGUUUCCUCGAUCCCAGACUGAACUUUCUCGUGUAUAAAAAUAUUCUUAAAGUUGGCAUAGAAAUGAAAAUGUUCAGAGUCUCGUGUCUUUACAACGAGAAAAGGUUAGGCCAGGGGAUCCUGUGCAUUGAUAACAUCCACUGUGGGGAGGAGACCUUGGACACUAUUUCUUCAGCAACUCCCUUCAGAAAUAGUGCCCACGAGGAGAUACCAGAGAGGCCCUUAAGGGGCGGGAAAAGUCAUUACCUGGCCCUGUGGAAUAACGAAGAUCCAUACGGAGAUAUCUGGUUAACCAACAAGCAACCUGAGGAAUACAAUUUUAACCAUACCAAAAUAAUUUUUCUUGCUCACCUUGAAAUGAGCUGGACUAACAGAAGGAAUUAUCCUGCUUUGCUUGUGAGAAUCAUGCAUAAAUCAAGACUGAGGUACUAUGGAAGACCCAAUAAAAAGAUGAUUGAGCCAUACCAGACCUUUUUGGAAGUUGCUGACAGUUCAGGCACUGUAUCAGUGAUCAUGUGGAAUGCCCUGUGUCCUGAGUGGUAUAAAUGUUUGCGGGUUGGUUUAAUUCUUCUGCUUCAAGAUUAUUCUGUUAAAAAGAGUUUUCCAUUCAGGCUGCAGCCUCUCCCUGUGGAUUCACAGAUCAAACUAAUUUCUACUAUGGAGGUCUCCCUGAACCUUCAAGAUCCUCCAAGUAAUAUAACUAUCAUUACAGAAAGGCAGGUGAAAUCAGAAUGGAGAUUGCCAAAGUUAAAUCAUCACUUUAUCACUAUAUCAGAACUGGAUGAUAUGCCAGAAAAGCAAAUCUGUGAUGUUGUUGGCAUUUUAGUUUUUGUAGGAAGGGUCCAGCGGUUAAAAAAGAAAGAAAACAGUGAAGAUUUUUGGACAUAUCACUGGAUUCACAUUGCUGACGGGACUUCAGAACAACCAUUCAUAGUGGAACUGUUUUCUACAUCUCAGCCGGAAAUCUUUGAAAAUAUUUGCCCAAUGACAUAUUUCAUGUGUACACAGUUGAAAGUUGUCAGAAAUAACAAUCAAGUACCUAAACUGCUUUAUCUCACCACUACAAAUGAGAAUCGAAUGUUUAUUAUCGGUCAUAGAGGCCAGCCAUAUGUCAACAAUACCAAAAUAAAGAAUUUUAUUCACUGGGUUAAAACAAAGACUGACUCUGGGGAAAUGAAGAAUACUGUUAUUGGUGGAUAUUACCCUUAUCCACCAGUGCCAGAGACAUUUUCCAAGUAUAGUACUUCUAUAAAAGUUCAGUCGCUCCUGACAGCUAUGAGUGAAGUGAGGAAGGAGAUUGAAAGCUUGCAAUAUAGGGAACAAAAACGCAUUGCAAUUCAGGGGAUAAUUACUAUUAUAAAGUAUAUAUCCCAUAGCAGUGCAACUGGAAGUUCCUCAGUAUCAGAAACACUUCAGAAAGUUAACCAACCCUCAACAUCCCAAACAGCAAUAAAAGAAAGUCAAAGUCAGGAACUAGAUGGUAAACAAGAUGAUGGUUCUGUGAGUGCUCAAACUACCUGUACAAGUUUGAGCCCUCCCAAGAAAAAAAGGAUUCUUCAAGGGCUAUUUGCCAAACUAGUUCCUAUACCUCAGCCAGAAACUUCUCCACAAACAAGAGAAAAUAUACCAGACAUGCCAUGCAUCUUCCAAUGUAUAGAAAAUGCAAGCACUGGUAUUAAAUGGAAAGCCAGAAAAACUCUAACUCAUAGGUGGGAAAGUCAACUGUGGAGAGAGAAAAAGUUUGGCUUAAGAGAUCACCUACGUUACAGCUUUGUUUAUCCUGAAAGUAUUCCACGGAAAUUUGUUUUCAAACACAAAAAAUUUCUUAUUCAGCAAUAUAAUUGUCAGCCUGCAAAAUACAUAGCACCAGAAGAAAGGCCCCAAAAACUUACUGAUUUUAAGAGUGCCCGAAGUCUUGGACAUUUUGAAAUAACCAUCCUAGGUCUGAACCAUGAGAGAGCAAUUGAUGUUGCAUUUCUACCCCUGUACCAUCCAGAAGAUAUCCAAAUAUCUCAAAUAGACACAUUAUUAGCCUGUAUGAAUUACAGCUGCGUGUAUCCACAGAAAGUAACUGAUUCUGAGAAAAUGCCAGGUCCAAGAGCCCUUGCAGGUGAUAUUAUAAAAGCAGUAACUGAACUGGAUAGAGUGCAUGUCAUCAGUAUCUUGGAUAUCUGUAAUUUGGGUAACAACAAAGUAGAAGUCUAUUUGCAUAAAAUUUAUAGACCAGAUAAUGCUCCUUAA